ACGCAAAUAGCGGCAAGGAGAAGCAGCCAUGGAUUUUAGAUAUAUAAAUAUUUGAGGUUUUGGAGCAAAAAAGAUUCGAUUCCGCCUUCAAAUUCCUCCGCCCACUUCGAUUUUUAAUCCCCAAACCCCAAAUAUCUACAAUAAUCAUCAUUCCUCGCUGUUUUCCUUCACUUUCUCACUAAACAAACACCCGCUUGAUUCUUGUUUUCUCAAAAAACCGACGAAUCCAAGCAACCCAUCUCCUUAAUUCUCUCUUUUUUUCGUAUUCAAUCAACCCCUUUUGAUUUUUCUCUCAUGAUCUUCUUCCUUCUCUAAUGGGUCUUAAUUUCUCUUCGUUUUUUUGCCUCCGUAAUGGCUCUCACCCACCGUCGCCACCGCCGUAUCCCGGCCUCGGGGACUUGCCGGAGAACUGCGUGGCGGAUGUUUUGGGGCAUUUGAGUCCGGUGGAGAUUUGUAGACUUGCGAGGUUGAAUCGGGCCUUUCGUGGGGCUUCCUGGGCUGAUUUCGUUUGGGAUUCCAAAUUGCCGUCUAAUUAUAGGGUUCUUGUUCAACGAUUGUUUGGUGAUUUUGUUCAGAUUAUGAGUAAAAGAGAGAUUUAUACGAAGCUUUGUCAACAGAAUCCAUUGGAUGGUGGAAAUAAGAAAGUUUGGCUGGAUAAACAUUCUGGUGGUGUUUGUUUAUCGAUUUCUUCCAUGGAUUUGAGGAUUACUGGGAUUGAUGAUCGGAGGUAUUGGAAUCGCAUCUCCACUGAAGAAUCGAGAUUCCACACUGUUGCAUAUCUUCAGCAAGUAUGGUGGUUUGAAGUUGGUGGAGAGGUCGACUUUCCGUUUCCACCGGGAAGUUACAGUCUAUACUUCAGGUUACAAUUGGGUCGGACAUCGAAGAGGUUUGGGCGUCGAAUCUGUAACCUCGAGCACGUUCAUGGUUGGAACAUAAAGCCUGUGCAAUUCCAGCUUUGGACUUCAGAUGGUCAGCAUGCUAAAACUCGAUGCUAUUUAGUGGAAUCUGGGAAAUGGACUCUGUAUCGUGCAGGUAACUUCAAUGUCGAUGCUCGAAAUGAAUCGACAAGGGUCAAAUUCUCUAUGACUCAGAUCGACUGCACGCACACGAAAGGCGGGCUGUGUUUAGAUGCAGUGAUGAUCUGCCCGGUCGAGUACGAACAGAUAUCCCAGUGUCGUUGACUCGUUCGGUCUGCAUUUUGUUGUAGUUAGAAAAUGUGUAAAAAAACAUAGGUGAGUAAGAGAGAAGAAGAUUAUAUUUUUGAUGAUAGCUUCUCAAAUGAUGAUUGGCUUUGUUUUUUGGUAAGCCUAUAGUAGUUUGGGUUGGAAACGAGGGAAUAUUUAUCGUUUUUGUUCGAUAAUUGUUUGAUAUUUUAAUUUUAGAUUCGAUGA